UAGGUACCUAUCUACACUCAACGGUAAGAGUCCGGCCAACGGUGGGGCUUGUUAGUGAUUGGCUCUGCCAUAUUAUGGACUCUUUCCGGAACAGAAUGGUGUGUGUGAAUACGUAUAUGGGAGAGAUUCGCAUUCUGUAGUGUGGGUACGGUUAAGCCCUAUACGGCGGGUUGCCUGUACUUGGCGCGAGACUCGACCAAGUCUCGCGCAAUGUCAUGGUGGCGCCAAACAAGCCCUUAAUAUGGCGUCCCUUCCUGGUGUUGGCCGGACUCUUACUAGAGGAACUCUACGGAUCACUUGAUCGCAACGCCUCUUGUGGUCAUGUGGACGCAUUGACCGCGCUGGAAAUUCCGCGGAUAAGACACUUUACUUAACUAAUAUAGAUCAUCUAUUGUGCCACCAUAGUUCACAAAAUGCAAGAUAUAUGGCAUAAUUAGUACAUCAAGACUCAUGCAGGAUCAUAUUAAUCAUAUCGGAUACAUUGUGCAACAACGUUGAAGAGCGUAGUGGCUUAGAGCCUACUGUGUUAACAUAUCUCUACUUUACGAACAACAGUACACAUAUGCAUACGCGAUACGUUCUUUAUUUUAUUUCGAUUAGUUGUUCUCUGGCACUUGGCCCUCUACGAGGGCAUAAAGCCACAAGGAGUAAGAAGAAGAAGAAGAUUAGUUUUUCUGCUUUGGAUUUACGGAAAAUACAAAUGUGCAAUAUUCUCUCUUAUUACCACUCAUUAUUCGUAGUUUGCCGCAGUCUCUUUUGCGCAAUGUAAAGUGUCUUGUCAAAUUUAACAAAUCGCUUAUAAAAUAAUGUGAGAUUAAGAAGCCUUUGAAAAACAAAUUGUUUUCGUGAAAAGCUACAGAAAUUAUCGAAAAAAGCUAGUAUUUUCCGUGUUUCAGAAGUUUGGAUUUAGUUGUCCACGUUGACUGUCAGUACGACAUCGACAUCACCCAGUACUUCGGUCUUUCUUCGUCGUUCCAUUUACAUUCCCUUGACCAAACAAAGGGCUGUGCUAAGUACCAAUGGAGUGUCUUACCUGUCGAACAUCAAUAUACGUAAAUGGAAAGAACUCAAAUGCAGUGUAAUUCUCAAUUCACAAGUCUCCAAGAUGGACAGGAUACGCCUAUUACCCAUAGAAUUACCACCUGCUAGUACUAUUAGCGGCAGUGGAUUCAUUAAAGUCAAAGGCAAAGUAUCUUUUUUAAGGCGGCUCACAUUAGGGUUUGUAGUUCUUGCUGCACUGGGUCUGCUAUAUGUGCCAGCAUAUCAUUCGGCACAGGGUCCACUCCUAGGAUUAGGUGAGACACCUUUACCAGGCCUCUCAGGGCACUUGGACGCCUCGCACCAUGUAGCCUCCAUAGCUCAACUACCUGGAUGGGCGUACAAUAAAUCGCGUGAUUUACGCGUCUACAUCCGCCCUGGAAAUAACACAACGGUUCUAAGUCCUACAAGUAUAUGUGCAUCUCCGCCCUAUUUGUUAAUAGUCAUAUGUUCGGCAGUUGCAAAUCAAAAAGCCAGGGAAUCCAUAAGAAACACUUGGGCGAAUAAGCAGCAUUUGGAUUCUCUUUAUAAUUCCACUGUAAGAAUUGCCUUCUUGUUGGGAGAGAGUGACAAUGAUACACUGAAUAGUUCAAUAGAAGAGGAGAGCCAGCAAUACGGCGACAUAAUUCAAGAGAAAUUUCAAGACACGUACAAUAAUCUAACAUUGAAGUCUGUAAUGAUGCUUAAAUGGGUCAACUCAAAUUGCGAAAACGCCAAAUAUCUCAUGAAAACCGAUGACGACAUGUUUGUCAAUGUUCCUACAUUGUUGAAGACUCUACGUGCCAGAGUUCAAAGUACUGGUACUCUUUUGGGAUCGCUGAUAUGCAAUGCCAAGCCUAUACAGGAUCCCAAAAAUAAAUGGUAUACACCAAAAUAUAUGUACGCCGAAAGAACAUACCCGAAUUAUCUAUCAGGUACCGGAUACGUGAUGAGUUUGGACGUAGCGGGGAAACUUUACCAGGCAGCUCUUUCCACUCCCCUGCUGCAUCUAGAGGAUGUUUACGUGACUGGUGUUUGUGCUCAAAAAGCAAAAUUAAGGCCUGUAAACCAUCCUGGUUUUAGUUACGUUCCUAGAAAGAUGGAUGCGUGUGUAUUUAAAAGCGCCAUUACGGCACACAAAGUCAGUUCUUCUAAGAUGUACACCAUUUGGAAAAAAUUGAAUGACGCAAAUCUGACUUGCGUCAGUAAUCCUAACCAAGAUAAAAAAUUGUCUACUCUCAGUAGAACUGGAAGAAACGUUGGAUAUUACGUGGUGAGAAGACGAAAUAUGAACCGAUGCAUUUAAUAAGAUCAUCGAACUAUCCGAUAAAGUAAUACGCAACAAAAGAUUGUUUCAUUACGAUUCUUAUGAGAUAACUUGUUGUGCUUUCUCAUUUAGAAUCUCCGUUUGGGGUAUCUAAUGUAUAGCUAAAGGCAUACGCUUAUGUCUAUUGAUAAUAUGAAAUUCCAGUGAAUCUCGUUACGGGACAAUGCUUGUGCAGAAGUUUGUAGUGAGUUGCCUAAAGAAGAUUUCGAAUUAUAUUUUUUAAUAUUUCGAAAAUUUUAGUGUAUAAGAAAUCAUCGUCAAUUAGGAAUUCUCCAUAAUGCGUCAAUUUCAAAGAAAUGAACGACGGUCUCAGCUUACUAGAGUGCAGUGUUUGCAGUUAUUACUUCAGGGAUGUCAUGGAUUCGUUAUUCAUGAAAUAAUAGAUAAGUCUCCACCAUUGUUAAGUCGAGAGCUUGAAAUACGUGUAUCGCAUAUCUGCAAAUUAAUAAACUGUAGGUAUGCGUACCAUGUAUUUCAACUUCCACUCGACUCUGAUGGCAGCCUAGCCAAUGUCAUAUUGCAACAAUAUGUGAUUUUUCUUCCUUUUUCAUC